GUCGCGUAAGCCCUUGACGUCAGCAUAACAACAACCUGUCAUGACAACUCGUAUAUGGGAAAAAAUAAUCGGUUAAGAUUUGAUAUCAAAUUAUAUAAAAUCCGUUUAAUCUGUAUGUGACACCGCCUCUAUAAGUGUGUGAGAUCCAGGAGGGACAGGGCAUUCUUGAACCUGUCAGUUAGCCAGCCGAAGAGACGGGGAACAGGAUAGGGAAGCAGGGCGAGGCGGGCCCCGCGGAGCCGGCGGAGAAAAUGGCCGGCAGCCCGGAGAAGAGUUCCACCGCUCAGGAGCUGAAAGAACAGGGGAACCGGCUGUUCCUCUGCCGCAAGUACCAGGAGGCUGCUACAUGCUACAGCAAAGCCAUUAACCGUAAUCCAUCUGUGGCAGUGUACUACACCAACAGAGCUCUCUGCCAUGUGAAGCUGCAGCAGCAUGACAAGGCUCUGGCAGACUGUAAGCAUGCACUGGAGCUUGACAGCCAGUCAGUCAAGGCCCACUUUUUUUUGGGCCAGUGUCACCUGGAGCUGGAGAACUACGAUGAGGCCAUUGGCAACCUGCAGAAAGCAUAUAACCUGGCAAAAGAACAGAGGCUGAAUUUUGGAGAUGACAUCCCUAGCGCCUUGCGCAUUGCCAAGAAGAAACGCUGGAACAGCAUUGAGGAGAAGCGCAUCAACCAGGAGAAUGAGUUGCAUGCUUAUUUGACCAAACUCAUUCUGGCUGAGAAGGAAAGAGAACUAGAAGAAUACAAAGAAAAACAGGACGACAAUCAAAAUGGAGGCGAUACUGCCAAGAUUGCAUCAAAACACGACAAGUAUCUGAUGGACAUGGACGAGCUCUUCUCGCAAGUUGAUGAGAAAAGAAAAAAGCGGGAGAUACCAGAUUACCUGUGUGGGAAGAUCAGUUUUGAGCUGAUGAGGGAGCCCUGCAUCACACCCAGUGGAAUCACCUAUGAUCGCAAGGACAUUGAAGAGCACCUACAGCGAGUGGGUCAUUUUGACCCCGUCACCAGGAGUCCCCUGACCCAGGAUCAGCUGAUCCCGAACCUGGCCAUGAAGGAAGUCAUCGAUGCCUUUAUCCAGGAGAACGGCUGGGUGGAGGACUACUGAAGGGACAGCCACCUCCCAUUUCUCCAUCUUACCCCCCGAUACUCGACACAAAGCCUGGACAACACAAGACUUUAGAGAACAGAUCACCCCUUGCCUGGAUAUGUACUUAACACAAGCGGGAAAAGCCACACUAUGGACGACCAAAUGGGAGCCAUGUAUCUCGGUCUGCCUCUCCUCCCCACAUUUCAUCUUUGCUGUAAAACUUCCUGCUCCAACUCUCUGAGGCUCGGUGUUCAUGGCCUGCUGCUCCCUUUAAAACCCCUUUUCAUUCUGCUUUUUCUGUACCUUCCCUCGUAACUCUUUAUCCUCUUCCUCUCUGUCAUGCUGUUUCUAGUCUCUAAGCUUGACUCCUUUCUUUACUCAAAAUAAGGGGCCAUGUUCUCAGGUCUCUUCUUGCCCCCCCCUCCCUCUCCCUCUCUCAUUCUCUCUUUCAUUCUCUUUCUCUGAGUGCCACAAUCCUUGGAAAGCAUCAGCAUUGCACUCCAGUGUUUCACAGAUACCACCAAUUGAAAAAAAUCUACAUUUUGGUGGUAGAAUUCAUUAAGACUUUGGCCUUUUAUUUGGCGUUUACUCCAGUGUUUCAUAAUUUUUUCUUUUAAGUGUGGAGCAUUUGCUGACUUCUUAAUGUACAUUUGCUGAAGUGGUAACUAAAAUGCCAAAACCCUAUUCUCAACAAGGGUCAGUAGUUUGUAUGCAAGUUUUACAUGAUAAUGAUUGAAAUAUAGUAAACGGUAAAGUGUGUCACUGAGCAUUUUAACCUGAGUCAACUGGCAUGAAUGUGGCGCUGCAAACAUGCCCAACCAUGUCACCAUACUGUAAGACUGAGUAGAUUAUGUUUUGUUUUUUUUCUUCGCAUAUCAAUUACAUCCCUUUCAGACAAUUGAGCUAAGUUGAAUGUAUGCAUAAUAUACUCUUUAGGUUUGACCUACUGUAAUUCAAAAUGUUUUUUAUCAGGACAAUGUAAGGAUUUCAUGAAAACCAGCCUCGAACUGGAUACAGAUAAUGAAUGGAAAUGACUGCUACAUACAAAAAAAAAAGUUUUGACAUUGCUGGAUAUCAAUCGAAAAUGUUGAAAUGAAUUGUGAUAGAUGACAUCAGCUGUUCGGGUUGAUGCAAAAAUCUACUUUGAAGAAUGAUCUGUGCUGUCUGUGUCGUUCGUAGAAACAAAAAAUGUGCUCGGACAUUGUGUUUGGCUGGUGCUGUUUGUCUGCAAAUGACGGUGGACGCUCACAUCAAGCAUGAAGUGAAUUAUCUUUUCUGUUGCAAAAACAAGAGGAUGGUCGUUAUUUUCCUCACCAUUUUGCUGUUAAUUUUAUGCACCUUCUCCCAGUGUCACAGUUAUAAAGACAAUGGUUGCAACAGCUUAUGUAAACAAGUCAUCAGUGUGAAACUAACUUUUUAAGUUUUGGAAUUUCCCCGUUAGAAGGAUUUGAGGUUCACUAGCAUCACUGUACCAACCUCCUCUGUCACAAAUGCUGGAAGAGUUGCGACCAUCUUAUCUCAUCCAUACCUCAGUCCAAAUUUUUUGCAUGCUGGUUCGCUGGCAUUCUCUGUACAACACAUUCUCAGUUCCGUGCUCUUAGUUUACAGGUAUUUCUGCUGAAUGUGCGUCUAUGGUGAAUUAGGCCUGUUGGUGGUUCGUGUUGGGGUGCAGGCAGUGUAAAUAAUUUGCUGGUGUAUCUCAGAUUUUAUUUCUUGACAAAAUAGGGUUCUUUUUUUUUUUCUUGAGAAAUCCUAGAGCUUGAGAAACUGUAUUAAAUGUAGAUAUGUUGAUAACAUAAAUGCCUGGUUCAGUUUUCAUUUGUCCCGAUUAAACCAUGAACUUUGAGUUUUUUGUGGUGUUUCUGACAUUAGAUCAUCAUUAAAGAGAUACCAAGUA